AUGCAAAUCGUCGGUCACCGUGGAGCUUCGGCUGUCGCGCCCGAGAACACACUCGCGGCGAUUCGCUCGGCGCUGGAGACCGGCUACGGAUUCGAAGUCGAUCUCCAGCUCCUGCGGACCCAAGAGGUGGUUGUGCUCCACGACGAGACCCUCUGGCGCACGGCAACGGCGCACUCGUGGUCGAGCUGGCUGGGCGGCGUGGUGGACAGCGGCGUCCUGCGGACGCCUGUCUCGGAGCUGAGUCUCGAGGAGGUGCGAGCGGUCGAUGUCGGCGACGCUGCGAGGGUGCCCACCUUUGCCGAGGCGCUCUCGUUGCUCCGCCACCCUCCGCCGCUCAAGGGCGGAGGCGGAGGCGGAGGCGGAGGCGGAGGCGGAGGUGGAGGCGGGCCGCGGCUCGUCCACUGCUUCGCCGAGAUCAAGGCGGAGGGUGCGGCUCCCGGCGCAGGCUUCGACGAGCGGCUGACGGCGGCGAGCGCGGCGGCCGUGCUCCCGUCGCAGCUGUCGUGGAUCUCCUUCUCCCUCGGCCGCUGCGCGCCUGCGUCGACAUCAAGCGGCGCCUGCCGCAGCACUCCGCCUUCCUCGUCGCGUACGUCGGCAGCGCGGCGGACGCGCAUCGACCUCAACGCCGACCCGGCGGUGGUGAGCGCGGAGCUGGCGGAGUGGCUCCACGCGCGCGGCAUGAGGCUCGCCGUGUGGGCGCCCGCAGAGAACGACGUGUGGGAGCACAUGGACAGGUGCGGCGUCGACUACUUCACCUCGAACUUGCCGCUCGGGCUGCGGCGGUGGGACACGGAGCGAGGCUCGCCUGGGCCUUAG